AUGAGCGCUCUUUACGAAACGUGUCAUCAGCUGCCUAUGAAACUCGGCGUUUAUAAAGAGCUACACUCCAAUGAUGAUGAUUUGAAGCAACGCAAAAUGUCACGUCGAGCAAAACAAAUUCUUGCUGCAGAAGCAAGAAAAGCAGCAGAAGACGAUUCAUUCGUACCCGUUCUUCUUCUAUCUGGACUGGACGUUAGCAAAUGUACUCAAGCUCAAUUGUUAGAAAUUCUGACCAACUUAGAUGAUAUCUCUGCUAAACUACCAGUGGACAAACGUUCGACAUAUAUAGAAGAAGUCUAUAAUCGAAUGAUUCAACUCUUAUCUCGGAAAGUAGAUAUCCCACCAAAUCGAAUCAUGACCACAAUCAAGCAAUUGAUGAUAUAUCAUCCAGUAAUGACAAUUUUAACAUUUGAUGAUUUGAAAAAGAUCGGAAUUGAAAUGGAAAGACGAUCGUUAAUUAUUCAUUUCGAUAUGAGUGGAUCAAUGCAGGUAGCAGGUUUUAAACCGUUAGUUCAAACAGUCAUCCAACUAUGUACAAAAUUACAAACUCAAGGCAUUGAAGUGCAUAUAUCCUUGUUUGGUGAUAGUGACCAAGAAAAAAUACAUACGACUAUCGGUGGUCGAUUACUGACAUUGGAUGAGUUUGCUAAAGGAAAUUAUGCGCCUACUGGUGGUAGUACGCAAUUUUGUCCAUCAUUCGAACGAACAAAACAAUUUCCUACUCCGUAUGAUGCAAUCAUCGUGUCUGAUGGUGACUUUACUGAUAAUAUUUCUCGAUUGACCUUUCAACCGCAAUGCCAAACAGUUUUCUUUGUUGCACCGCCAUGGUCUCCAUUGGGUGUCGAGGAGAGACAUGCAAAGAUGAUUUCAUCGAGUGUUCAUCCAACUGUUGCCUAUAUUGGUAUUGCCUCUGAAAAAUAUUCACAACUUGAUGUUAUUAUCGAAGGAUUUCUACGCGAGCAUAGUCUUUUUGCGCGUCUAUCUGGAUAUUUUACUAUUGGUAGUUAUUCUAUACCAUCGAAUCUUCUUGCACCUUCUCAAAUGAUGCAAGUUUUCAAUAGUUGUCUGGCUCAAGGUGAAAUUCAAUUGCAAGAUUUAACAAAAAAAAUUCUUGGUCUCUAUCGAUAUCUUGAAGAAACAGCGAAACUCAAUUUUGAACGAUGUAUUCGAGGUGAUGAAUUUCGAAAUCUUAUGUCAUUAGUAACUCCAUUGAUUAAAUUAGCACAGUGCCAUUUGGAAACAAGUCAAGCCUGUCAACAAUUGUAUGGAUAUUUAACGAAAGUUUUGAAUAAUUUUGCACAUGAACAUCAAAAGUUAAUCAAAACUUUAGCGAAUGAUCCCAAGGCUAAACAAGAAGUGACCAGAUUUUGGGAUGAUGCAAUGAGUUGUAGUGAACGAGAGUUGAUUAUCGAAGAAAACGAACGAAAAUAUGGACAACCAAUUGGUUAUUUAAAUCUACGGGUAGCUAGUUUGACGUGUACGAGUGAAAUGUUAUCAGAAGCAUUACAACAAUUGAAAACAAUAUAUGCACCAGAAGAUCUCGAUCUUCUAUCAUUGAUUUUCGAUAUGUUAUCAACGUCGAAAAUUGACGAACGAUCAACACUCACUGAUGAAGAUUCGUCUAUUCUCGUUUGGCGAAAAUCGGAUGGAACUGUCGAUCUUCUAUCAAUUCUACGUCAACUACCAUUCUGUCUUCAACAAUAUCAAAUUUCACGACGAAUUCAACAGGAUCGACCAUGGACAAUACAACCUUUAGCAGCGAUUCGACUAGCUUGGGUUAUGGAUGCUUCAGGUCGAACAUUUCCAGAUUUUAUCAUACAAGCAUUGCCGAGUUUAGUCGUACCAAAUAAAUAUCUAACCGAUCUCGAUCAAGAUGAAAAUAGACCAGCAUUUUGGAUGAAAAUUUUACGUGAACUUGCUCCAAAAAUAGAUGUUCCAUCUGAAGUGUUACAAUCAAUUCAACAUAUACUCACUGUUCAUGCUUUAAAAUGUUUCUUACUUCGAAUGACCGAUGGUUCGGUUACAUACGAGAAACAAGUCUAUGAAAAUGUUUUACCAUUUAUUGAUACAGAUGAAUCAAUGGCUUGGUGUGUCUUUAUGAAUAAAGACUCCGACCGAGUCAAUGGUCGUACUGGUGAAAUUACUGAAGUGUCAACAUUUAUCACAGAUCCCGAGGAAGUCGAUCGAUGGUAUAGAAUAAAUCUUGAAAAACGUGGUAGCAUAGUGCGACCUAGAUAUUGCUCUUUACUUGAUUAUUCUAAUUUUCCCAACGGUGCCAUUGAACUUUACAAUGCUUGUAAACGAAAAGAUGUUGAUAUUCUCCGUGAUCAAUUGAAAGAACUCGGUGGUAAUUCAUACUCAUCGGAUCAAAUCGAUGCACACGUCUAUACAAUUCGUGAUCGAUUCAAAACGAUUCCAUGUGUUUUAUGGGAAUCGAAAGAUUUAAUAACGGAGACGACAGCCAGGGUUAAAACUGCUUGUCAAGGCGCUACUUUACCAACAGAAAUGAUUACUAUAAACGUAACUCGACCGGUCAUUAUUGAUUAUCUAGUGUCACACUGUGAUGAUCCAUUUAUUGUUGGAGUACUACGUGGACUAAGUGAAUAUUCACGAAUAGCAAGUCAACAAGCAUCGGCUGGUAUCAAGGAGCUUGAUUAUGCUAUUGAAUGCGGACAAAAAUUCACAACAGAAACAACUACUUUGCAAAUUGUACCAUUUAUUCAUUUGGAUAAACCUGGUGUUCGAGAAUAUCUCGAACAACAGUAUAAGAAAUUGACACGACGAAUACGUUCAGUUAAGAAUCGUCCACAAUUUCAAAGUCUAUCGGAAUUGUUUCAACAAGCAAAACAAACAAUAAAAGAUGAUGAAAUUUUAGGUAUGGCCGAUCUUGAAUCAAUACCAACACAAAUCACUACGGCGAAGCCAGUUGACAAAGCAUCACGCGUAGUACUUAGUAAAGAUUUAUUUACUUGUCCAAUUACACUCGACAUUAUGGAAAAUCCGGCAACAACAGCGCCAUGUGGACACAUGUUCGAUAUGGAUGCUAUCAACAGCUAUUUAAACACAACUAAUAUCUGUCCUAUUUGUCGAACAGUUAUCAGUAAUGUCACUCAGAAUUAUGCAUUCAAAAAUGUUAUUGAAGCAUGGUUAGCCCAACAGCAAGAAUAA